UGCAGGAGAUUUAAUGGGCAAUGGUUGGCAGGCACCCCCCUCCUAAAGACGCAGGGGUACUGAGAGAGGAGAGAGCGUGGUGUUGAGGGCAGUAGGCAAGAGAGAGUCAGAGAGUGAGAGUGGAGUCGUUUUGCUGUGGCUCCUCAGUAAACCCAAGUUGGAGACAGAGGGCAUUGUAUUGACAGCAGCAUGAUCCUUAUCACAUUUGGACUCUAUCUUCCACUAUUGUUUUGUUAUGUCUUGUCUCAGUCCUCUUUCCUGGACAAUAUUCUCUCAUUCCCAGCAGCUCUCCAACAACAACCUGCCGUGGACCAGCAGAGGAAAUUCAACCCCUGCUGUUUACUGAGUCCACCCCCGCCCCCCCUAUUCCCUCCUCCUCCCUCACUGUGGCACCCCGGUGGUCAUAAUGAGGAGACCAGUAAGGGAGGUGAUCACAGACCAGAUCCAGAUACAGGGACAGAGCUGAAAGGGCCCAGCUGUGUCCCAGGCCCCCCUGGCCCCAACGGACCCCCCGGUCUUCAGGGUCCAGCUGGGCUACCAGGUCUGACGGGACCAAAAGGUGAAAAGGGAGAACUGGGACGACCUGGACAAAAGGUGAGAGCACCCAUUGAUCAUUCUAUUAGCUCUGCUAAGUGGAUUUGCUGAAAAAUAAGAUCCAGUCCCUCCUCAGUCUGUCUGGUGGGCUGUAACUCACGUCCCCUCCGCCCGCCUGUCCGCCCGCUGCCUGGUUAUGAGCAUUAUGACAUUCAGAGAAAGACAAGCAGCACAACCUGUACACGAUGCCAGGACAGCUAGGACACAGAGAGAGAAAGACAAGCAGCACAACCUUGAUACGAUGCCAGGACAGCUAGGACACAGAGAGAGAAAGACAAGCAGCACAACCUUGAUACGAUGCCAGGACAGCUAGGACACAGAGAGAGAAAGACAAGCAGCGCAACCUGUACACGAUGCCAGGACAGCUAGGACACAGAGAGAGAAAGACAAGCAGCACAACCUGUACACGAUGCCAGGACAGCUAGGACACAGAGAGAGAGAGAAAGACAAGCAGCACAACCUUGACACGAUGCCAGGACAGCUAGGACACAGAGAGAGAAAGACAAGCAGCACAACCUUUACACGAUGCCAGGACAGCUAGGACACAGAGAGAGAGAGAAAGACAAGCAGCACAACCUUGACACGAUGCCAGGACAGCUAGGACACAGAGAGAGAAAGACAAGCAGCGCAACCUUUACACGAUGCCAGGACAGCUAGGACACAGAGAGAGAAAGACAAGCAGCACAACCUUUACACGAUGCCAGGACAGCUAGGACACAGAGAGAGAAAGACAAGCAGCACAACCUUUACACGAUGCCAGGACAGCUAGGACACAGAGAGGGAAAGACAAGCAGCACAACCUUUACACGAUGCCAGGACAGCUAGGACACAGAGAGAGAAAGACAAGCAGCACAACCUGUACAUGAUGCCAGAACAGCUAGGACACAGAGAGAGCAAGACAAGCAGCACAACCUUGACACGAUGCCAGGACAGCUAGGACACAGAGAGAGAAAGACAAGCAGCACAACCUUUACACGAUGCCAGGACAGCUAGGACACAGAGAGAGAGAGAAAGACAAGCAGCACAACCUUGACACGAUGCCAGGACAGCUAGGACACAGAGAGAGAAAGACAAGCAGCACAACCUUUACACGAUGCCAGGACAGCUAGGACACAGAGAGAGAAAGACAAGCAGCACAACCUUUACACGAUGCCAGGACAGCUAGGACACAGAGAGAGAAAGACAAGCAGCACAACCUUUACACGAUGCCAGGACAGCUAGGACACAGAGAGAGAAAGACAAGCAGCACAACCUUUACACGAUGCCAGGACAGCUAGGACACAGAGAGAGAAAGACAAGCAGCACAACCUUUACACGAUGCCAGGACAGCUAGGACACAGAGAGAGCAAGACAAGCAGCACAACCUGUACACGAUGCCAUGACAGCUGGGACACAGAGAGAGCCGCUGAGAUAGAAGAUGCAUAGAAUCAUUCUGCUGAGUUGUAGAGGAGAGUGGAUGAACCUCCCACCCCGUCCCAUGUCUCCUCUAACAGAUGGGGAACUUAUGGUCACCCUGUUAGCUCCUGAAACCUAUCCAGCUUCACUGGGCCCUGUUCAGGAGGGUGCAGCGUUACAGCACCUUCACAUAGAGAUGUAUAGCAUAGAAAAUAGAUGAUUGUCGGAGGGACAGGGGAGGAGUGAGACCUGUCAGAAGAGAAGUGUGGUCUUUUGGUGG